AAUCAUAAACAUACAGUAUAUAAAAUCCGUACAUGGCCCAAUUGUUCAACUUUACAAUUUUUUGGAUGUGGUUUGUUUAUUUCUUUGCUUUGCUUGUGCGGUAAAAUAAUUCGUAGUUUUAUUUGAAUGGCAAUAUAGAUAUUCAAAAUAACUACAUACAAGUUCAUAUUAAUACCACUUUGAAAUCCAUUGAAUGUACUAGUUUAUUAUGGUCAGAGGUGUUAAUAUUGAUCUGGUUUCAAGUGACUGUAAUUCAAUAUUACUGUAAUUAAUCCAGCCACGGUUAGGUUUCUAUGGCAACUUGAGUGAUGGCGGCGGUGGCGCUGCGGGCGGGUCCACAACGCGGAAGUGGGAAGUGAAAAUUGAAGAAAGAAACCAAACGGAGUAAAUAUUUCGUAGUACACUGUAGUAGUUUAGUAUGCGGUGCGUAUGUGGUUAAAUACGAAAGCAUGUUGGCCAAAUGUAACUAAUCAAUAUCGAUAACAUUUAUCUGAUGAUUUUAAAACAAUUACAAUGGCGGUGGACAAACAUGAUCUAAAACGCGAUGUUUUCCAGAAGGUGAAAAGUUUUCUACCUGUAUUUGAGAUAACAAGUGCUACUGUUAUAAUAAUUGUGAUAUCAAUCGCUUUAUUCCUCACCACCGCCUGCUUUAAUAUUGAUCCAGAUGUUUUUGGUUUGGAGCCCACGGAUGUAGCGAGUUUGCAUGUGUACAAGCUGCUGACCUACACGUUGUCCCACGCAGAUCUGCCCUCGCUCCUGUGUAACAUCGCUAUCCUCUGGUACUUUGGCAGUGGGUUGGAGAAGAACGUGGGCACAGUCAAGUACUGCUACCUCUUUGUUGUGUUCUCUGUUGCGUCGGGAUUGCUCUGCUUGCUUCUGGUCUACAUCGUGUACGGUGUGGAAGGCACUGAAGACAUCAGUGGGUUUACACCCGUGGUGUUUGCCAUGAUUGGCAUGACCAGUACCCGGUCCAAGAUCAGACGUGCCUUGCUGUUCGGGGUCAGUAUCCCCAUAGUCCUGGCGCCCUGGGUUCUCCUGCUCAUUGCGUUUGUUGUGCCCAGGACGGUGUUUCUCUGUAAUGUCAGUGGGAUUGUGGUGGGCGAGAUCUACGGCGUGGGGUUGUGUUUCAUCCUGGAUUUAUCAGAGUCCAGAGCGUCGAUCUUGGAUAAGAAGCGUCCCUUCAGGCUGCUGCGGAAGCUCAGAGGAGCUGUGUAUGUGCCAGCGUCAGUGACGGAGAGGAGGGCCGCGCUGCUCAAGAAAUACAAUCCACCCCCGGGCUCCUAUCCAACCCAAGCCUACGUCCCGGUGCAAGAUACUCAAAAUCAAGACCCCUAUUCCCGGGUCUAUGGCAACUGGGGGAGUCAUUCUCACAACUAUGGGAACUAUGGGGGCUGGCCCUCCCCUGGGCAUGGGCACAGUCACACAGCUGCCCACCAGUGCAGCAGCCACACACCGCCUGGCAUCCAGUCAAAUGAAAUGAAUUCCAGCUGGCCUGCAGCCUUCCCUGGGUACUAUAGCAGUUACACACCAGGAAGUCCAGUGAACUUGCCAGCAGACCCAGCACUGAUACACACUCUCAGUGGGGCCCGUCCCCAAGUGGAUUCCAAUGGGAGCGGUGCUGAUAUGACAUCACGGGUGCCAGGAGGGACAGCUGUGGGGGUGGUCUCAAGUGCAUAGGUUUACACAGACCUUGUUUCUCCUUUAAUGGAACUACCACAGGGUAUAUUUGUAGAACUUGUCUAUAUUUUUAAAUCCUAUGUAAGACCACAGUUGCCAAGUGCCAUCUUUAAACAAUGCCAGUCUUCAGUAUGUUGUUCAGCAUUGUGAGAUGUGAUUCAUAUUAAAAGAUGAUAUUGUUCAAAGAUGGCGCUCACAUUAAAAGAUUGAUGCAAUAUAAAAAAAUGAUCUUAACAUUAGCAAAAUUGCACAAAGGAUUCGAUACACAUGGAAAAAAAGAAUGAUGUGACAGUAGACAAGUUCAUUUUUGCAAAUAUAUUUUAUGGUAGUUCCACUUUUUUGGUAUUAUACUGUUAAAUUGUCAAUAUAUGUGCCUGUGCUCUUCGAAAUAGGGCCCCCUGUCCUUGUUUGUGAAGUUCAGACACCAUGGCCUUUUGUAAGCUGUGUUCCUUGCAUCUGUUGCUGGAAGGAUGAAGCGCCACAUCUUAAAGGCAGUUGCCAAAAGGAACUUUUUGUUAUGAAAUAAAGACGGAAUGGGAUUGGUUCAGUUUUAA